AGGGGGAGGGGAGAGGGCCGGGCAUGGGGGAAGAGAAGGACAAGGAGGUGGUGGGUGGACACGAAGAUGACGAGAGGAGCGUAGGGAGCAGCCGAUCCCCAAGCCAAAAGAGGCCGCUGGAAGUCCUUGAUCUCAACGAGGAUGUGACGAUCGACAGCAGCGAGGGCGAGGAGGAGGAGGAGGAGGAGGUGGCGGAGGACGGUGACGACGAUGGUGACGGUGGGAGUUCGACAGAGGUGGCGAGAGGAGGGAGCUCUAGCAACAAUAGCAGCACAGACAACAACUUCAACAACAAGAGUGGCGACACCACUGAGGGGAGCAGCGGAAGAGCUCCUACCGUGAGACAGUACGUACGUUCCAAAUUGCCAAGGUUGCGGUGGACACCUGAUCUCCACCUUGCCUUCGUCCAUGCCGUGGAGAGGCUCGGUGGGCAAGAGAGAGCCACACCGAAGUUGGUUCUUCAGCUGAUGAAUGUGAGGGGGUUAAGCAUAGCUCAUGUAAAGAGUCACCUGCAGAUGUAUCGAAGCAAGAAGCUUGAUGGAUCGGGCCAAGAAAAGUCCGCCAUUUCUUCAGUUAUGACACCCAUGGAUUUGCACCUGAAGGAACAUCGCCUUCACGAGAUGUUUUACCGAAGAACGGAUUCAUUCCAGCCCUUCAGAUUGGAUAAUGGGGGUUUCUUCUCGUCGAGGAGCAUCCAUGAGCCGGAUCAGUUCUGCAACGCUUUCUUCCAUGGAUCGCAGUUUCUGAAGGCGUCGGUUCUGAGAAGCAGCAACUUUGGCAGACACCGAGAAUGGGAGUUCAAUCGGCAAGCAGCAGCAUGGGACAGUUGCUUACGAGAUCAAGGUCCUUCCAAGGGACUGAUACAUGACAUGAUCUUUAGCCAAAAAAGGAAGCCAUCAACAUCCCAUCUGUUCGAUGUGCGGGAUGCCAUCAGCGGUAAUGGGAAUCCCCGCACUGUGCACCAAUUCCUCGAGGGAAGAAGAUGGUCACCUGCAGACAUGAUCGAAGCUCGUAAAUGGGAAGGAAACCGAACUGGAAACUUUGGUAGCAGCGGAUAUCCCCUUGCUAAGGCUGUUCCCGCAGAUCCAGUCUCCGGUAAUACCCUGUUUGGAUGGAAAGGCAAUAGCAACAUCUGCAUCGACACUAUGCAAUCUAAUUCACAUGUACCGAUUGUUGUCAACGAUGAGCUUCCCCCAAACUCUCAACAACCCUUCCAAGUUGAUGAGUCACGUCGGCGUCAGGAUAAACCACUGCGCAACUCUGAAGAUAUGCAUGCGAAAACAGAAACACCAAUGAAAGAUGCGAAGAAGAUGAGGAUGGCGACGACGACGAAGGAUCUGACUCCCGACCUGCAGCUAAGCUUGAGAUCGAGCUUGAUCAAUGAUGGAGGAUAUGAGAAGAAGAGUCUUGAAACUGAACAAGUAAAUAGUAUGCUCUCACUUUCACUGUCUCCCUCUACUUCAAUGCAGCGAGAAAAACAUAUGAAAGCUGAGAUGCAGUUCUUAGAGAUAGGUAGCAGCAAGAAGGCCGUUCUGGGGCUGAGUACUUUAGAUCUGACCAUGUCGAUUAGAGCAUCGGAGUGAGAUCUUUCAAGUACUUGUUCCAAGGCCUUUAGGAACUUAUAGCUUGCUGUUCAUGAAAAAUAAGGUUAAGACCAAUGAUUUAGUCUGAGUCCAUUUAGUUAGCUGUAUGAAGUUUACAUUUGGUGAGUACAAUGGCAAUCUGAAAUUGAUAUGUUAUCAUUCAAACCAUUGACAACUA